GCAAGCGCCGUAUCAAGACCUACUAAAAAGAUUUCUCCGACAGUUGGGGCCCCCAAGCCUCCUAUUCUCUAUUCAUAUUAUUGUCAAUUGUGUGUGUUUGUAAUAUCACUUGUGAACUAAAUUGUACAAAUAGGCAGUGCCGAGAGUGGGUUAUUUCAACAAUAUUUCGAAUGAAAAUAAGCAGUCUGUAGUAAUCAAUCGUUCAUGCAAUAUCGUAUGAAUAUAUGCAAAAAAAUCGUUUUCGUUAGAAAUUUCACUAUUGACUGUCCACAAUACGAAUGGGGUAUGGUGUCCAGUGUAAAUAAACAUCAUUAGACAAGAACAGUUAAAGAAAUGGGACUAUAUAAGUCAUAUUCAUCGCAUACAGUGAGUAGGUUUGUGCUUCAGCGCGAGCUCGGAAACAAAUUCCCGCUUGGUUUUCAAGAUUAUUUCCAGCAAAGGAUUUACAAAUCAUUUUCAAGUGAUCCUAAAUAUGGAUUUUGGGAUCAGUCAACAAGCACCAAAUCAGGAAGUAGUGCUCGGCAUGGUGGAGUUUUCAAUCUUGAGUAUUCACCUGAUGGAUCCAUUCUCAUUGCAGCUUGUGAACAAAAGAGCUUCAUAGUAUUUGAUCCUAUAACAAGAAAAGAUGUCCAUAGUGUAUAUAAUUCACAUUCAGACUCAGUGAACUGUGUUAAAUUUCUUGACUGUCGAACAUUUUCCACAUGUUCCGAUGACACUACCAUUGCAUUGUGGGAUAUCAGAAACUUGAAGCAGAAAAUGAGAACUUUAAGAGGUCAUUCCAACUGGGUGAAGAAUAUUGAAUUUGUAAAAGAAGAAGGCUUACUUGUCACUUCUGGUUUUGAUGGCUGUGUUUUUACUUGGGAUAUCAAUAACUACACUGAACAAGGUCUUAUGAGUCAGAGGGUUUUCCACACUAAAGGUCUAAUGAGGAUGAGAUUAACUCCUGAUAACAGCAAAAUGGUGUUAAGCACUGCUGGUGGAUAUAUUAUGGUUAUCCAUAAUUUAGAUUUUGCUACCCUUAAUCAAGACCUUGCUGGAUUUAAACCCAACAUGUAUAGAUUGAUGCAAAUAAGCCAGACACCUAUUUCACUGGCUACCGACUUUAGUCAUCUAUUCACAUCCAAAAGAAAUCGAAUAGAACUGAUUUCCGAUUGGCCAAUAGGAAAUGAAGCCGAAGUCGUUUCUUCUUUGCAUGUUCACCCACAAGGAUGGUGUGUCGUCAGUCGAAAUACUAGCAACGUGGAUAAAUCUGAAUGGACUUGUGUCCAUGACAUUCAGGAUACUUCUGUGGACUCGCCAAUUAUUUCACGACAACGCCCUCGGGUUGAAAACGAGGAAAGUCAGCCAACCACUUCAUAUCCUGUAUCAUCGUCUUCCAGCAGUUCUUCUUCUGAUCAGAGUGAUGAAGAUAUCCAUCAAUCGAGAGUACCUACCACAAACGUAGCUCCAGGUCCACAGGUGGAAGUACGAAUUACCGCUCCAUUGCAAUGGGGAACUCGACCUGGAGAAGCCGCUGGCUUCCAUCUUCGUCGCGACUCUGAUAGAGUCACUGUUGCGAAUGAAUCAACAGAUAAUUUAGAAGUCAGAAUUCCAAGCGAAGAAGUACUUGAGGCACUGGAAAGUUUUCGUCGUGCGCAAUCGGGCGAAGGUGACGCCCAUUACUCUGAAUUCCGAAUCCGCCACCGUAUGUAUCACAGAAAUUCUACGCCUCUUCCAGCCGUCCAGUUGAAUAACAACGCACCUGAUAAUGGUGAAGCAUCGUCUAGUUCAUUACUUGUAACAGGACAGCGCGACGAGUCUCAAAGAGAGGGCGUAGCUUGGGAAGAUUCAGAAAAUCCAGCUCAUUUUGUCCGUGCUGUGGCUGAUUUAGCCGCACAUUCUGUUCAUCUCCUUGACCCAUUCCGUUUAAGGUCUCGUCAUGGCAUUCGUCGGCAUCCACCGUCGUUGACUUAUUAUGCGGAGAGUAGAGGAGAUUUAAAGAUGCAUAUCCAUUCAAACCUAAACCGAAUAACUUAUUUCGUCAAGGAGCCAAAUGUGGGACAUGGUUAUUUAAAAGAAAUGUGUUUCUCCCCUGAUGGGCGGGUUAUUGCGAGUCCAUUUGAUAAUGGUGUUCGACUCCUUACAUUUAAUCCUCAGUGUUCAGAUAUGACGUACAGUUUGUCGACGUCAGCCAUUAGGGGCACACACUGUGACGGAGACGAAAAGGAACCACCCUACGCGUUGCAUGAAUUAACAGCCAACAAAGGACAUUCAGAUGUGGUUUUAUCCACGGCGUUUAGUCCUACUCAUCCACUUUUUGUCUCGGGAUGUCUUGGUGGAAAGAUCGUCUGGCAUCAACCUGUUCUUUAGCCGCGUUGGAUUUUCCUACACCGAAUCCAGAUUCCAUCAGCUCCUCUAUUUAAAUUCUACUCCACUCAAAAAUGUUCCUUUAAAAGUGCGACUGUUCACCGAAAUUUCAUUUGGAUCUGAAAGUAUAGAAAUCUAACAAAUUUGUACAGAAAAGAAAUGAAAUAAAAUUGUGAGUUCUGCGAA